AUGCGUAGUCGUUGGUGUUGGCGGGGUUUUUUUUUCCUUCGGUCCUGUCCUUUUAAACUCCUCCUCCCUUGGCCGCCUCAGCGCGCCCGGGGGUCUAUCUCUCGGGGCUUCGGCGGCGGGUUGGCGGGUCUGUCGGUCGCGGGGAGCAUGUCCGUCCGGGCCGAGGCUCAGGAGCCGGCGGCGGGGGACGCGGUGGUCGCCGUCGCCGCCUCACAGCCAGAGCGGGGCCUGGCUGGGGCCUUCCCCUUGGUGCUGAAGAAGCUCAUGGAAAACCCGCCGCGGGAGGCGCGCCUCGAUAAAGAGAAAAAAGAAAAGCUUGAGGAAGAUGAAGCAGCAGCAGCUAGUACAAUGGCAGUUUCUGCCUCCCUUAUGCCUCCCAUCUGGGACAAAACUAUUCCCUACGAUGGAGAGUCUUUCCAUCUGGAGUACAUGGAUUUGGAUGAAUUCCUAUUAGAGAAUGGAAUCCCUUCCAGUCCUAAUCACCUGGAUCUGAAUCAGAAUCCGCUCCUGCCUGUUGCUGAGUUAGAGGGAAAAGAACCUGCCAGUGCUCCUGCUACUGCCGCCACCACACCCUCAUCAUCUUCCACAGUGGUUUUCCAACCAUCGGAAACUACCACAAGUUCAGAGUCCUCACCAGAAAACGAGAGACUGACUCCCAGUCCAGUUGAUCCAGAUUGUGUUGAGAUUGAUGUGAAUUUCAACCCCGAUCCUGCUGAUUUAGUGCUGUCCAGUGUGCCUGGAGGGGAGCUCUUCAACCCUAGAAAGCACAAGUUUGCCGAGGAGGACCUGAAACCACAGCCCAUGAUUAAAAAAGCCAAGAAAGUGUUUGUUCCAGAUGAUCAAAAGGAUGAAAAAUAUUGGACAAGGCGGAAGAAGAACAAUGUGGCAGCUAAGCGAUCUCGUGAUGCUCGACGUCUGAAAGAGAAUCAGAUCACAGUCCGAGCUGCCUUUCUGGAGAAGGAGAAUACAGCAUUGAGGACCGAGGUUGCAGAGUUGCGGAAGGAAAUGGGAAAAUGCAAGAACAUUGUCUCUAAAUAUGAAAGCAGAUAUGGGCCCUUUGACUUAUCCGAUUCCGAGUGAUGCAGCUUUAAAGACUCUUAAAAUCUCAAAGAAAAUAAAAACUACACAUGAAACAACCUGCCACCAGAAUGAACAAAGAAAGAUGUGAGGUAUUCUACACAAACAACCGAUGACCCUGCUUCCCUGCAAGUAUCUCAGCUGAACUAGGGCUGAGCAUGAUGAAAAGUCUAAGGUCUCUAUUCUUACAACUUCUUUUUGUAUUGCCAUUUCCCCUUGUAACCAGCGUUUGCAGUACAGCUCUUCACCUACACAUGGUGCUCAAGUCAAUGAGUUCAGUUUGAAGAAGUAAUGAUUUUGUACGAUAACAUAUAGAUGGGGGAAUGAGAAAUCAUAACUGAAAAAAAAAACAUUUUGCUUUGUUUUUCUUUUCCUCAUCUACUCUGUAUUUUAGAAUCAAUGUUAAUCUUGCAACUAAAUCCUACUAAAUAUUUGUAUCUUGCAUAGAACAUGAUUGAAGAAAACAUACAUACAUACAUACAUAUAUAUAUAUAUAUAUAUAUAUAUAUAUAUAUAUAUAUAUAUAAAAACAAACAAAAAAGAGAUCCAUUUUGAUGUAAUAUACGCCCUGCAUAUUGACUUAGUUGAAAAUAGCCAGCACCCAAUAUGCCCCAUUACAUGUUAGCAAGUAAGAUGCAUCUUAUUUUCUCAGCAGAUAAAAGCUGACACUAGGUUUUCAAAAUUAGCACUUUCACUUCAGCUUGUUCACCUCUGGCAAUACUGUUGGAAAACUACCAUAUUGUAAUCGCAUGCUGAUGCAUUUUCACAGUCUAAUCACUAUAAACAUUAAAAGAUACUUCUGUUUCAUUAUUUUCAUAAACAGAAUUUAACUAGCUGUGAAUGAGGAGCAAGUGUUCUCACUACCUGAUUUUCUUUUCUUGGAAUACAUAACAUAAAGUACUUUGGAGUUUGCCAUCAAAAUCAGGAUUGUCUUUUGAUUUUUUCAGCUGUAAAUGUAUUUAAUACCAACUUUAAUCUUGUUCCUAACCCUAUACACUUCUAGAGACAAAAUUAGCAACAUCUGCCCAAGAUCCUGCAGUCAAAUACAUAGCUAUGAUGGUGCAAUUAUACCUCCCCAUGCUACCACUCUCUUUUUCUGUUGUACCAUGUCCCACUGCCAAGAGAGGGCUAGAAUUAUCAUUACUACCCCUUUCUCCAGCACUUUCAGAAUGACUCAUUGGGUUGGGAUGGGAGGCCUGGAUUGUUUAAAAGUUAGGGACACUUUCAAUAGUUGUGAUACCACAACAACUGUAAAAUUGAAUUAGUGCAUUUAUGAUGUCAUAAAUUGGGCUUACUCUGUUGUAAUUAUUUAACAGAAUACCAGCCAUUUACACUAGAGUCUCACUUAUCCGACAUAAACGGGCUGGCAGAACAUUGGAUAAGCGAACAUGUUGGAUAAUAAGGAGGGACUAAGGAAAAGCUUAUUAAACAUCAAAUUACAUUUUGAUUUUACACAUUUACCAAAACAUCAUAUUUUACAACAAAUUAACAGAAAAUGCAGUUCAAUACACAGUAACGUUAUAUAGUCUUUACCGAUUUUAUGAAUUUAGCACCAAAACAUUGCAAUGUAUUGAAAAUACUGACUAUAAAAACAUUGGCUACUAACAAAUUGACUACAAAUAAAGAUAGAAUUGCCUAAAAUGAACUUACAGUAACAACAUUGAUGAAAAUUAAAUCCGUAAAAAGUCAGUCCUUGCUUCCUAGAAAAACAGUUGUGGAUCUGGGUGGGAGGCAGAUUGCGUUGGAUAAUCCAGGACAUUGGAUAAGCGAAUGUUGGAUAAGUGAGACUACAGUAUAUUUUUUCCCUGUCCACUUUCAUGUGAGAAAUUUUUAAGUUCUUGACUUAAGAUGUGAAUUGAGCUCACAAACCUAAUACAUCAGACAGAACUCAGUGGAAUAUUUCUUGGAUCAAUAUCAACGAAGAAGUAUUUUAUUGAUAGGCAGUGUCGGUAGCAAAGUAGGAUGCUAAAAAAUAAUUUCUACUUCAUCUUAAAUGUGACCUAAGGGUAUAUUAAAGUUAUAGUGGUAGAAUAAUUAUGUGGAUCUAUUUGUUAAUAUUAACACUGUUCAUCAUAUUUGAGGAACCUUUGGAGGUGAAAUGUUCCACUAUUCUGAAAGGUGGGAGACUGCCAAGUAGACACUUUCAGGAUUUUAAAAAGAAAUUACUUAUGAAAAUAGAUUAAAUUCUUACUGAUUUGUCUAGAAGACAUAUGGCUGAAUAAGCAGCUUUCCAUGAGUUGACUGGAACAGCAUACAGUAGCUUCAAGUAGCUAAAAUGAUGUUAUAGAUUUAGGAACUAGAACUGAGAAGCAAGUCUCAAUUUUUUUUUGCUGAUAGUGCUGAAUUUAGAAAAUAAUGAAAUAACUUGUUGUUUUCAGAGUAACUUGGCAAUCCUACUUGGAAGUAGAUUUUAUUUCUUCCUGACUAAUAUUCCAAUACGCAUUGUUUUUAAACAUCUUGACUGUGGACUGUUAAAAGCUCUAAAAUCUUUGAGAGCAUCAGCAUAAAUAUGAAUCAGUAUACCAGAAUCAUAGUGCUAGUUUAAAAACUGAGCCUUUCUUAGCAAUUUAGAAUAUAGACCCAGAUUUGCAGGCUUUGUGUUUACAGUGACUCUGUACAUAUCUUUUGUUCAUCAAUUAGUUCUUUGUAGAUUUUGCAGCUGAAUAGUAUAAUUAAAUGCAGUCUGUCUUUAAUUCUGACACUGUCAUAGCAGAAAUACUAAAAUAUUUUGGUUCUAUUACAUUCCUUUUCUUUUACUCAAAAGGUGCCAUAGUAGUGAUGAUACUACUCUUGUACAUAUCAGACAGCAAUAUUACACUGUGUUUAAUACAGUAUUGUAAGACAAUUAACAUCGCAGUUCAAUUACCACAUUUUCUCUGUAUAGAUAGUCACUUGGGAUACUUACAAUCAUAUUAUUCGUUGCUGCAAAAUGGUACAAAGUUUCUAUGCAAGUGCAACUCAACCUGUGUGUAGAAAAAUGUACAGGAGUUCUAACCUUUGAUUUUUCUCAGCCCAGAACAAGCAUGGAGAAAAUCAUGUUUCUUAAUAACUUUUUAAGACUGCAGUCCUGUAUACACAUAGCUGGCUAAUAGUUACGUUAAACUCAAUUGGGCUCAUUUUAGUCUAGGCAGGUAUAGGAUCAUAUUGUUCAUAUUUUUUCUUAAAUGCUAUAAGAGGUUGAUUUAAAUUAUGAGCAUAAUUAGAUCUGCAAUCUUUUUCAUUUUAUAGCUGUUUCUCCAGUGACCCACCUACGAUGAUAUCAGUGUGGAAAAAAAGCCCUUGCAGUAAUGUUUAAAGUUAUUUCUCCAAAGUAGUACAGAAUGCAUGUAGUAGGUGUGCAAACUUUACUACAUCCUGCUUAUUUCAAUACAUGACCUUCUAGAGAUAGUUAAAGUAUGAUCUCCAUUAUUGUAGAGCUUGCUAGAAACAGCUUUUAGGCAAAAACAUGUCUAGAUACUCAGUUGCUAACCACAUGCUGCUGAAAAGCCAUGGGAUAACCACUUCCAGAUAUAUUCUAAAUGUUAGUAAUAAAAAUAUAUACAUAAGCAAAAUCUGUAUAAUAGUGAACUUGUUAGGUAGUUUCAUGUUACAUUGUCAUCUCUUUAUAAACUAGAGGAUGACAUGUUCAUGCUAAGUGAAUUACAUCCAUAGAUUAAACACUUUGUGAUGUUUAAAAUAUUUUAGAAGCUGAUCCUAUUCAUAAAAAAUAUUUGCUGUGUGUAGGCUUAGUGUAAGCAUUUCACCUCUGUUUAGUUGGUUUUGCAUAUUUAUGGUGAGGCUUUACUUGGAGCUAGAGCAAUGGGUUAAAUUUAUGGGACAAUUCGUAGUGGUUCUUGUAAUCUUUGUGCAGGUUUCAUGUGAAAUUUUGAUAGACCUUUUUCUCAUUACUCUUGUAACAUUUGUUUAAUAAAUAACGGGACAUACUUAGUGCUGUGGAUAAUGAAGCAUUUAUACGCUUUGAUAAUACCUGUGAUAUUAAUAUUGGUUGCUGUUUUGUAUAACUGUUGACAUUCUAGUGACUUAGUGGAUUUUUUUUCUCUAUAAAUAGUUUUGUUUGGCCUUUUUCCAUAUCUCUUCCGUGCUGCAUUGUGCUGUGCUGUCUGGAAUAACCAAGUAAUAUAUUUCCAUAAUAUAGUGAGAUACUUCCUAGUGGGCAGUUCUAUCCUGUGUCAAGUGUCAAGGUAGUCAUAAGCAGUGGUGAGAGCUUAGAAAUAUACGGAAAAAUAUACUGAAAAGGUAUUAGCACAUUAACAUCAAAAUAUGUGUAAAGUUUGAAUGUGAUGAAAAUGCAUCCUGUAAUUGCAUUUUACAAAAAAAAUUACAAUAUUUCAGCGAUUCUAAGACAUCAUUGACUCUAAGAUGCACAUUAAUUUCUGCACCAUCAACAGAAAGAAAACUUUUAAUAUAUAUUCUAAGGUGCACUGUUUUUCAAAAUGUUUAUUGGGGAGGGGGAGUAUCUCUUAGAAUCUAUAAAAUACAGUAUUCUUUUAUGUUCAGCUGUCCAUAAUCUCUCCUCUAAAGGAUUGGUUUGGCACUUUAAAAAAAUAUCUACCUUUUCACCCCUUGCCUCCUGAGGCACAGUGACAAAGAGGUAGAAAGCUGAACCGACAUUCAGUUCACUGAUACAGGUCUCAUUUAAUCUGAGAAAAAGAAAAUAAUCCAGGUGCACCAUGUAGGCGUGCUCUUUCUACAUUUCAGCUCUCUUUCCCAUAUUUGCUACACAAACUUGAAUAAAUAUGAUUAUUUUCCUGGCAUUAUAGUAGAUGUGCAAGGCAUUUUCUCAUUUAGUUUCACAGUAUGUGUUUCUAGAGCAAAUCAUAGGUAUUUGUUUUGUUGUACCUGAAUGAAGUCAUGCAAGGAAGAGUGAAAAUAUAAAAGCAGUGAUUCUUGUUGUGGAUGUUUUGUAUUCUGUUAAUUGGAGCUCAUUUAUAAUAAGAAUUACUUUCAAGGUGAAAGCUUGUCAUAUUAGCAAAGCUGGUCAACUCUUUAUAGCAGCAAAAAGUAUUGAAAGUUGGGAAGAAAAGUGAGCUAUAUUCUAGAAAUUUGAUAUGAAAUCCCUACUUAGUCUAUUAAUGACAACUUCUUGCUUGGAAGUGUAGGAAUGAUUUCCUGUUAAAUUUUACAGAAUUUGUCAGCAUGCCAGCCUUUCAGAGUGAAACUAGAAAUAAGAUGGCUCUUCUCCUCCUUUCUCCCAUCCCUCUCUUUUCCCUUUAGAUAAAAUAGCAAUCAAUGUGCAUUGAUACAUUGACUGGUUUAGUGCUUAGUAGGGUCCAGAACAGCGGAACUGUUUUAUUUGUACAUUUGUGUCUAAUAUAUGGUGAUUAAUAUUAUUCAAAUAUUGUAUUUUGUAUUACAGAGUAUGUAAAUACAUUUUAAUCUCAGUCCUCAUGGAGUAAUAAGUGCUUCCAAUGUAAUCUCUGCAAACAUAUUCAAAAUAUAGCAUGGCUUGAGAUUAAUUUUUUCCUCAGAAAUUCACAGAAAUCAAAAUUAAAUUGAUAGGGAGUUUUGGUUUGUGAUGCUUUCUAUUUACAAAAUAAUACAUUAUAAAAGCAGAGAAUGUGAGUAUUGGGAUAGGAGGUAUUUCUACAACCACUGAAUUUAUUCAAAGUAGUACUCAAGCCAUCUUAUUUGGAGUCAAGUCAGUCUGCCAUUUAGCACUAUUCCUGCAUGAUGUUCUGUUGACAAAAGCAUAUGGCAACUUCAGAAAUGCAUACAGUUCUGCAUUGUGUCUUAAUUCAGUGCUUUUGGCAUCUUCCAUUGAUCUGUUGUGAAUUUCUAUUUGUUUAGUUAGGAUUAUGAUAGCUGAUCUAAUCUGUGGUAUUACUAUAUUCCUUUAUUUAAUCAAAUGUUUCAGUAAAUAGAAUUUCUGCUUGACUUGACUCUUGACAGCAACAUUUCAUUAAAUGCUUCAUCGAGCAGUUGGAUCUUUUGACAAAAUGGACAGAAACAUGACAAAUUGAUCAGUACAGGGUGGAUCACUGUGAAAAUCAUUGUCUCCCUAAAAGACUCUUGAGGGCAGCAAUUUCCCCAUUACUAACCCCCCAAAAUCAUUUUUGCCCCAAAUACUUUCUAGGCAAGGAGAGGUCUUCUUCACCAAAUUUUGGGGGCUUCUCCUACCAAAUGUCGUAGUUUUCUGCUGAUACAAAUUCUUUAUCAUUGGUAUGAAAGUAAAAUAACAAUAAAUCAACUGACUUCAUUAUCAUGUUAGAGAAGGAAGUUCCUUUAAAAAUCUUUUUCCAAAUAAUUGCAUGCCUGCAGGGUGUAACUACAUGAAACACAUGCAGUAAAGCUAUUCUAGUAGACUUUCCAGGUGUUAAAGAGUUGUUUCAAAUAGUGUUCUUUGCCCUUUCUCUUUAAAGCAAGAAAUUAAUUCAUGUGUUAAUUUGUUAAUAAAGAGGAAAUGGAACUAAAUCACAAAAAUAUCAUUUUUAUAACCAAAAUAAACAUUUGUGUUCCUGUAUAUCUUUAAUAUCUGAAGCAUUUCUCUAGUGUUUCUGGUAUGUUUUUUCCUAUAUAUGUGUUUUGUAGAUAAUCUGUAAAAUUCUUUUGAGUCCAUAAUUAAAGGCACUGUAGGCACUUACAACAAAUUCUGUGUUAAAGCUAAAAUUGUCUCACUGCUUUCUCCAAAUGCUCUUUCCCAUGUGUAUGUUACCACAGAUACUUUGUGUAUAAUGAAAGCACUUAAAUGAUCCUCCUUGAGAGGAAAAAAAAAUCUAUGCUCAAGAUCUUCCUGGUAUUCACUCUUAUUUCUGUUACACUAUUACACUAUAAUACUGAAUAUGAACUCUCUGAUUGUGGAAACUGAUUUUUCAGGAUAUAGUAAACCCUUUCUGCUCAGUGUCUUUUGUAAUGCUUUGGGUUUUAAUAAUGUAAACUUUUCACUGUAUUGAAUUCUGUUAGCAGUUUUUCAUUUUGAAAAAAAAAUAAAGUGUAUAUUCUGUUAAA